CUGAUAGGCACCCGAAGCUUCCCUGGUUCAUAAUGGAGAUAUUGCUCUCGGAAGAUUUGUAUCUAAGUCCCCAUCGUCUUUCCCUAUUUGGAAAGAUAAUCUUAUUUAACUGUGAACGAGCUUCAGCCACAAAUGACAGCGAAAGAAGUGAGUUAAUAUUCUGCAGUCUUUCAUUUAAACGGGAAGACAACAGGUUCCUAAAGGCAGCUGAUGGAGCAGCUGUCAUCAGCAGGAACAGAUCAGCGCAUGUGGCUAUUGUGAAAUGUAAAUGUGUCAUACAUGUUCAGAAGAGAGUCACCAUGCCGUGUAUUUUAGUGACAAAGAAGAGUGAGAAAGGGGAAAGCUUCCAGUAUAGUCUUCUCACACUGAGCAGCUCAAACGGACUGGAGCCCUGCAUUGAGUUUAAACUCUCUUAUCAAAUGAAGGAGAAUGUUUCUAUCCUCCAGGGCCCAACAGUGUUGUGGAGCCAUGCUGGUAAUGUCUUCUAUGCAUCUCUGCAGGCAGGAGAGGUGAGACAGAUACCCAUUCAGUUGUCCCACAAUGUUAUUGGAGAACUUCCCCUCCACAAAGAACAAGUAUUUGUUCUUGGACUGCAAAACCUUUCAGACCAGUGCUCAAAUACUCAGCCCACAGGUCAAACCCUGGGUUAUUUUGUUGAGAGUGGACACGUUUUUGAUGGCGCAAUGAUCUUGCCUUAUCCCUAUGUUUGCAUCACGCGGUGCAUUCUGGUGCUGUCAGCUGAAAAAGGGGAGGAUGUGCUGAACUCUGCUGUGGUUGCAGCAACUUCUAAUCAGCAACUUGUCUAUUUUGAGAAUGGCAUUGUGAAAGAUGUAUGUCAGCUCCCAUUUGACCAACCUGAAAAUAUUCAGGUGGUCAACACAGGGAGAAAUGGCUCCCUGUUUGUCAUAUCCUUUCACCAGGGGCAUGUAUGUGCAAUGUGGAAGGAAACAUUUCAGAUAGCCUCCCACUGGUCAAGUGUCAGUUCUGUCCAUGUAGAUGACUUCCUGGGAUGUGGAACAGACCAGAUGCUGUUGGUUUUUAAGGAUCAAGGUGUAACGGGGCAACCAUUGGAAAGGUUUCUCCUCACUGACCUCUGUGGCAUUUCAUAUUCUCGUGGCGAGGACAGCGAAGCACUAAAGACAGCGCCUCCUCCACCAGAGAACGAUCUCCUCACGCUUCGCGCUUUAGAGUCCAGACUACAGAGUGGACUGACCUUGCUUCAGGAGCUUCAAGGAGAGGCGAGAGUGAAGGAACGAGUUCUACAGCAGUCGGUCCAAGCCCUGACCAAUGUGGUCUCAAAAAGAGAGACUAUUCUCACCCAGCAUGAGCAGGAAGGCCUUGUUGCUCUGUGGGACUGUGGUGAUGAUGAUGAUGAUGAUGAUGGUGAUGAGUCAAAGGAGUCAAAGGAUCAGGCCUUGGCUGACAUGACGCAAGACAUGCCAGCAGUGUCUUCAAAACCUCAUGUUGAGAAGCUGUGGCAUCGCGUUGCAGAGGAGCGAAUGGUCGUGGGAGUGAUAUUAACUACUGACAGCUCAGUACCAGUGGCCAGUGUGAGUUUAUCUAUCGUGACAGAGGCUGGUCAGAGCUCAACGCCUGCAGUCAUCCAGACUCAAAGCCAAGUGUUCGGGCUCCCUGCGCCCUGCUCCUCAUCAUCCUCCUCCUCUACCUCCACAUUCUCAGAGCCCGCAGCCAAAAGAAGCAAGCAGCACAAUGCCGGCAGACCCAAUGAUCUCAACACAUGCAGACUUGCGGUGACUGCUGUGUCCAGACUGACACCUCUGUUGACCUCUGGCUUUGUCAAGUGCCAUGUCAUGCUCCAUUACGUUCAGAGACGUGCUUCUUUUGCCCUCGUUAGCAACCCGACACCGGUGGUCCUGCAUUGUGGUCAGGUUGCUUUAGACAUCCACAGUGAUUUCCAAACCCGACUGUUGAAAAACCCUGAACUCAAAACAGAUGAGGUUAAAGAGGACUUGCUGAGUCUGAUGGCGGUGCUGGAUCGCCAGGUUUUCCACAUUGACUCUCCUGAUCACAGUUUAGGUGAUGUAGAUGGCUGGAUUCAGAAAAGAGAGGGAUGUAGGAGGAUAGAAGUGAGCCCUCAGUAUCUACUGUUAAACUCUUCAGGACCAUCUGCUCUCAUGCUGCUGCACUGGCAUCAGAUAACCCCGUUCAAGGGGGAACUGUCGGUCCACUCCAGCCACUUACAGACACUCCAGUUCCUGGACUCUCUCUUGGCUUACCUCCCUGCGUUUUGCUCCAUCCAGCCUGUCAAAGGUACAAGAGCACAGGGUGCAGCUCAAAUAUUUUCCUUGGCACUGGAGAAAGAAGUGGUGUCACUCAGAGAGUGUGUGUCAUCGCUACUUGGUGAAGAAGAAGAAGAAGAAGAGGAGGGGGGGAGGGAGAGCCUUGGACAUGAGGAGACCCCUGAGCCAAGUUCUGUGAAGGGGCUCCAGAGGUGUAGGGACGUGUUUCAGCUGGACGUGGAGAGAAGUAGGAAGCGGUUGAGCCCCCUGGUGGAUGUGCUGAGGUAUCGUAGGCUUACCCAAAACAUGUCCAAGUUCCAGCUCGAUGGGGAUUUGGCAGCUCUCUUAGACACUCAGAGAACUUCGCUCGGUUAAUAAGCUGCAGACGUGGUUGUUGUUGAAAAUCAAAAGACAGUUCAUCAUGCCUUUCAUUUUCCACCUGUACUGAGAGCUGCCCCUGUUGCUGGCUUGGUUAUGUCUCUACUGUACUGUGUGUCUGUACAGUAUCUAUCUAGCGUCUGCUGCUGUGUAGAGCCUCAGCCUAUUCAACUGGAGCACCUCCUGGGUUCCACAGGCUUUAAUCUGAUACUGAUGGGUUACUGCUCUCUGCCCAGCUUAUUCUUCUGGUCAUGUCCCUUUUUUAGACCUUCUGUGUUCAAAAAGGCUCUUUAAUGUUUCCUGCUGCUGCUGUUGUGUGCUAGUCACUUUCAUCCUGCAGUGAGAAACUGUUUGUGUUAUGCAUAAAGGCAUACAUAUGAUGGUAGAGCAAAGAGGUUAUACAUCUGCACAGUGGCUGGAGUUGACUGAAAGCUUUUAGUGGAGCUUUUCCCUCAUGGUUUAGUUUUUUCCAUGUGAAACGAUGUAAACAAAAAUAAAAAGUCCUUGUAUUCUGUU